UAUACUUACAAAACACAAAUUAGGCAAUCAGCCACAUAAAGUCUCAACAAACCAUAGUCUCUCCAUUCUCCAGUUUGUUCAUUUAUAUAUUCAUACCAACUCUGCCCAACCAUCUCUAGGCCAACUAUAACAUAAAUACCAACCAAAGACAAUGGACAAAAGUGAAAAUGGCAUCUAAUGGCAGCCUUUGGCUCCUCAUAUUAACCCAUCUUUCACUGCAGAUUUGUAGAAUAGAAGCAAAAGUUCCAGCCAUCAUUGUGUUUGGAGAUUCUACUGUGGAUGCAGGAAACAACAAUCAGAUUUCUACAAUCUUGAAGAGCAACUUCCCCCCAUAUGGUCGUGAUUUCAAUGGUGGCCAGCCUAACGGGCGGUUUUCCAAUGGUAAGAUUCCGACUGACUUCAUUUCUGAAGCUUUCGGAAUCAAGCCGACAAUACCUGCAUACUUAGAUCCAACACACAACAUAUCAGAUUUCGCUAAUGGAGUAUGCUUCGCCUCUGCUGGAACUGGAUAUGACAAUGCUACUUCUGAUGUGCUAUCUGUGAUGCCUUUAUGGAAGGAAAUGGAACACUACAAAGAAUACCAGAAGAAGCUAAGAGAUUAUCUUGGAGAAAAAAAUGCUGAUGGCAUUCUGAAUGAAGCACUUUACCUGAUAAGCCUAGGAACCAACGAUUUCCUAGAGAACUACAAUGUAAUACCACGUGGCAGAUCAUCAGAGUUUUCAUUGGAGGAAUACCAGGAUUUUCUUGCAGGUAUUGCUAGAAAUUUUGUAACAGAGCUUUACCAGCUAGGAGCUCGAAAGAUAUCCCUAAGUGGACUUCCUCCAAUGGGGUGCUUACCAUUGGUGAGAACCACAAACAUGUUAUCAGCGAGAGUCUGUGUGGAGGAGAACAAUGAUAUAGCUAAGGAAUUCAAUCAGAAGUUGCAGGAAGUGGUAGGGAAACUGAAGAAUGACCUAGCUGGAAUCCACCUGGUGCUCACAAACCCUUACGAUAUUCUCUGGGAGAUGUUUCAGAGUCCAGGUUCUUUUGGAUUUGAAAAUGCAGCAGUGGCAUGUUGUGGAACUGGAUUGUUCGAGAUGAGUUACUUGUGCAAUAAAAGAAGCCCUUCCACAUGCACAGAUGUAGACAAAUAUGUAUUUUGGGACUCCUUCCAUCCCACAGAGAAAACAAACAAAAUAAUUGCUGAACAUGUAGUAAAAAACUUCCUGGGAGAGUUUCUAUGAAAACAAGAAAGUAUCAUUUAUGGUGUGUAAUUGUUCUAGACUUCUUGUGUCAGUAGUAGUCAUUCUUGCAUCUAGAAGUACUGCAGUUAUUAUUUCGAAAUCCUGUUGAAUGAAAUAAUAAGCCAAGCAGAAUUCAAAAUUUUG